ACGCCACCCACGCCGGUUUCCGGCCUCCGGGUUAUAAAGCGCCCCGCGCCGCCGGGGCUCCCACCUCUUGCUUGGUCACCUUGCUUGCUAGCUCGCCAAAGGCGCCGGCCGGGCCGCGCGGCUGAUCGAUCUUGUCUGCUCUUGCCCUCGUUCCUUCCUUCCUCGUGAGCCGACGACCAGCCAAGCCGGCCAUGGGCAACUGCCUCAACGCGGCCUCCAAGCAGAGGCGCGGCGGGCUGCUGCCGGAGGAGGAAGAGAGCUUGUCCGAGAUGCGGAGGAUAAGCCAGCUGCUGCGGGAGGAGGAGGAGGAAGACGACGACUACGUGGCGGAGUACCCGGAGGAGGCCGACGGCCGGGAGGAGGCUCCCCCGGCGGCGGCGGCGGAGGGGCUCAAGGUGAAGGUCGUGCUCACGCGCGCCGAGCUCGAGUGGCUCAUGGCGCAGCUCAAGAGCGGCGACCGCCGCCUCCAGGACGUGCUCCACCACAUGCACGCCGCCAAGCAGCACCCGGGCGGCGAAGCCUGGCGCCCGCGCCUCGAGAGCAUCCUCGAGUGCCAGGAGACCACCCUGGUAACCUGAUGAGAUCCCGGAUCUCUCCUCAUCAGGUUCUUGCUCUCGCUCGUCGCUUGCUUUGCUUGCUUGCUGCCUGUAUGGAUCGAUCGGCCGGCCGUCGAUGGAGUCGUCACGGAGAGGAGGCUUCUUGUGGUUUUUUUUUACAAGGGAGUGGCCUUGUUACAGCCCUGCAAAGAAAGGUUGGAGGGAUGAUGAUGAUCCAUCGGGUGGACUAUACUCAGUAGACUAGUAGAUCUGGUUUCCUCGUGCUGUCCAAUUAGGGUCGUCGUCAAUCUUGUUUCGCUUUUGCCUUUUGCAUGCAUCUGCUUUUAUAUUAUCAUCUAGCAGCUCUCUUUUAAUUUCUUUUGUAAAUAGCGGUGAGAACGAAUGAGAUGGCAUCUAAAGCCCUCUGUCUGCUGUAAUCUACUCUUAACCAGGCCCUCAAUCUGGCCCUUAUUCUAGCUUUGUAGCCGGUAGUUGUGGAGCCGUGAGUAUACCAUCCCCAAAUGAAUUUGGUGUGCAAGAUACUGUUAUAAC